AUGCUCCCUGUCUCCGAAGCGCCUCGCGAGCUACUUUGGUAUCAUCAGAUGCAGAGAGAAAGCCGCCAUCUUCUCGAGCAAGUCAAAAGACAACAAGUCGAUCUGGACAAGAUCAAGAGUCAAUCAUCUGCCGACCAAAAGCAAAGAGAACAAAUCCAGCAGCUUCUUUUGGAGCUCGAGACGAAGCAAGUCACGGCCACUGAGCGCAGAAGGGAAGAUUUUGAGCGGGAGAAGGAGAUACUGAAGCGGCUCGACGAACUCGAAAAGUCUCUUGAUGCGCUUCGUGGAGCCAACGACAGUCAACCAGAGGCUUCUGCAGCUGUCAACCAGUGGCAGACCCUUGAACAGAGGCUCGACGUGCUUGAACAAUGCCAAACCAAGGUCCCAGAGCUGGACGUGCAAAAGCUUAACCUCAGGAUCGAUGCGUUGGCUAAAGCAAUGAACAACCCCGUCAAAGAUACAAACAACCUCGUCGACCAGCAUGUCAACCAUGAAGAUAAGGACCAAGCAGCAGACGCCGGUAACGAUACUACAGUUACGUCUGUAGUGGAGCAAGUCAGAGAAGGAGCGACCAAGGAGAAGAUGCCAUCUGAACGAGAGCCAUCCCUGCAGAGACGCCCAAGUUUUGUUCUGCCGAAAAGACGUCCUGGAGACAUAACUAUCCCGUUCAAGCCUACUCCUUCGGAUCUGGAGUGGUGA